ACGUAGUUUUAUGACGGACAACAACAAGACUGAGCGUCAGUAUAUUAGCUAAACUCCUUAUUCCUGUAUCAUUUCCUCAAUUUUAGAGGUUUUUAUUGAAUGUCAACCUUAACUGCAUAGUUUUGGAGUCAUAACAGACGAUUAAAUGUCUGAGCCAUCAGAGGUACCAAAAAAAGAAGAACAAGAGGAGGAGGUGACAGCUGAACCCGAGGUGCAAUCAGACGACAGCAGUGAAGACGAAGCCGCUGGAGACACAGAGAUGGACUUCCUGCGCAGCCUUUUCUCCAGUGCCCUGGGACUGGGCUCUGCAGAGAAAGUUCUGGAUGAGCUGUCUCUGGAGGGAGUUGCACGCUACGUAAAAAGUGGCAAAUGUAAAAACAUCAUCUGCAUGGUUGGGGCAGGAAUAUCAACAUCUGCUGGAAUCCCAGAUUUCCGCUCUCCAGAUACAGGCCUCUAUGCAAACCUCCAAAAAUACAACCUGCCUUACCCUGAGGCCAUCUUCCAGAUUGAUUACUUUAAGAAACAUCCUGAACCAUUCUUCGCUUUGGCCAAGGAGCUGUACCCAGGACAGUUUAAGCCAACAAUCUGCCACUACUUCAUAAAGAUGCUGAAGGACAAGGGGCUUCUGAGACGAUGCUAUACACAGAACAUUGACACCCUGGAGCGAGUGGCCGGGUUGGAAGGAGAGGACCUGAUUGAGGCACAUGGAACUUUCUACACCUCCCAUUGUGUCAGCUUCUGCUGCAAAAAAGAGUACAACCUGGACUGGAUGAAAGAAAAAAUCUUCUCUGACGCAAUUCCAAAGUGUGAUAAGUGCAGCAGUUUGGUCAAACCAGAUAUUGUUUUCUUUGGAGAGAACCUUCCAGCCCGUUUCUUCACUUCCAUGAAAAUGGAUUUUCCUCGAUGUGACCUUCUCAUAGUCAUGGGCACAUCUCUGCAGGUCCAGCCGUUUGCAAGUUUAGUGAGCAGGGUUUCAAAAAGUUGCCCCAGGCUGCUCAUUAAUAUGGAGAAAACAGGACAGGCGGAUCCUAUGUUGGGGUUGCUCGGUUUCGGAGGAGGAAUGGAUUUCGACUCGGACAAGGCGUACAGAGAUGUUGCUCACAUCAGUACGUGUGACGACGGCUGCUUGGCUCUCGCAGACCUGUUGGGUUGGAAGGUGGAGCUGGAAGAACUUGUAAAAAAAGAGCACGCCAGGAUCGACAGUCAGGACAAAAAUGAGACAGCUGGGGAAAGCAAAGGAGCCGCAACCAAGGGGGACCCGGGUUCAGCUGAGCUAAAAGCCAAAGCAGAGGACUGACCUGUUGAAGAGCGGCCUUGUUUACAUAAACAACCGGAGGUUUAUUCUCUAAGAAUGAGAAAAAGAAGCAGCAUCUGGUUUCUCUUAGUCUAUCCUCUGAUCUGAGGACAGAUGCUCUAAUUAUACUAUUGCUUAUUUCAGUCAUUUGCACUUUACUAACACAAUGUUUUUCACAAGCUUUUGUUUUUUUGGCUCUCUGACCAACAAAAUAUGACUACAUGGAUUUCAGCUCAAGGUGUUGGAGAUUUGUUCCUGCUUCGAAGCAUAAAUGACUCGCUUUGUUGAUGAGCUGAAACGCUGCGUUUUCAUUGGGUGUCCUAACGAUCUGCCCCUAAACUAAAUGUAGUUCAUCUGAUAAAACUGUCAAAGUGUUUCCGUCAGAAAAGUAACUUCCUGGUGGGUGAAAAUGUUGAUAAAUCUGAGAGACCUUGGUGGAAGCUUUAACUUCACUUUUUUUCCCAACUAUCAGCGGUUUUAACAGUGGUUAAGCUUUUAAUUAUUAUUUUGUAUCAGCUUUCUUUUUGUUUAUAUAUGAUUUUUAUGUUGAUCUUAGACCAGAAAUAUUUGAAAUAAGAUUCCUCAGUAGAGCUACUACUGGUUUGUUUUUUCUUUCCCACCACAACAAGAUAAAAAGCAAUAUAUAGAUAAAGAAGUACCUAAAAAAAAAUAAACAGAUGUUAGUGUUGGAAAAAAUGUUCAUAUCUUGCAUUGUGAUGACAGAUUUAAUGAGAGUUCUCUGAGCAUUAAACUUUAACUUUAAAUUUCCUGCAGCAGAUGUUCCCUUUCUUAAAAAAUGUUCGUUUUGUGUCAUUGGAAAGGUUUGUCGUUAUGUUGUCCUUCUUAUGAAUGCAGUGAGCUGAGAAUGAUGAACGGUUGAAACAUCAGACUGAAACUCUAGUUACCGGACUUUACUCCUUCUAACAGUCAUUUAUUUCAUCUUGAUUUACUCAGGAUUUCCUUUCCAAUUCUUAAACUUUUUUAAGGUCAGAACCUAUUUUUAACCCAACCAGAUGUUCUUGUUUU